GACUCUCCUCGUAUACGUGGCAGAGAGGGGUGGCAGUCGAUCUUGACGGGCUGUGGCGGACGGCUGUUUCGGGAUACGAGCAACGGCUUACAACUUGACGGCGGAGUUUGAAACCUUUUUUCACUUGUCUCAUUUUCUCCCAACUAUUGCUUCUUCCAUUUCCCUUGGCAGCUUCUAUGCAUUGGCUCCCUAAUUCAAUUCUUAAUCUAAAAAGUUCCGAUUGUAUUGGCUGCAUGUGUGUGUUUUGUUUGUCUAGACUAGACUCCAUAAUUUUCUCUCCCGUAGGCAAACCUUCGAAAUUGCAAGUCUCACAGGAUGGGAAUGGGCCUCAUUCCACACCCGGGCUUGCGCGUACCACCCGUCCUCUGCCCUUAUCACAGCCAAUCAGACGCACAUGUCUGACCAGAAACCGUUACGAAACACUGCAGCUUUCGGCCAAAAAGAAGAAAAAAGAAUGGAGGAAACCAGGUAAAACAAGGAAUGAAAUAAAACAGAAAUAUGCUUCGAGCCGUUCCGCGCCUCAGUUCGGCCUGGCUGCUCGCCCAGCUGGUGCAAAAUUCAAUCGCCUUUGGGGAGAGCAAAAAGGCAAAGCCCCAACCCAAUUUCUUGCGCGAAGAACGUGUUGCUUUCUCCGGGGCACGGGUCAUACAAACGUCAUGAUUCCACAACGCCAAGUUGCUACGAACAUGUCCAGUUCUUUUUUUCCUCCUUGUUUUUUUUGCCCGGGACAAAGACGCCUCUACGCCCUCUCUGGAAGUGGAAGGGCCAUAAAAAAAAAACAAAAGGGCCAAGCAAAUGUUUGGCCCAAGCCACGGGGAAGCCGCAGGGAUUGGUCCACUUGAGGCGCAGCCCGUGCGGAUUACGACAUGUGAGACAGCUUAUUGUAUACAGUGUCUCUGGUAUAGCUUGUGUGCUUGUUUUUCCUCUUUCUAAUUUUUAUUAUUCUUUUUUAUCCUUUUAUGCGUGUGUGUAUGUCUCUCUGUCUUUGCCGUAUCCCGUUUCUGGGGCGAUAACUCGAGGGAAGAUCGCCGAGCUCUGCCCAUGUACACGAGGGGCGUCUAAUUGGGGAAAAUUGCCUAAUCAGGACGAACAUUGACAUUCCAUGACCAGACACAGAGUCAUUAGAGCC